CUCCCACCUCUUCAUGCCUUUCCCCGGAAGGCAGGCUGCUACCCUUCAGAAACAAUCAAGAAAACAACGGGGAUGAAGAAGGAUACAUCUCCUGGCAUCUUGAACCGGAAUGUGAGGGGAAGAUAUGCUGCUGGAUAGAGAAUCCAUAGAUCUGGUUUUGGUCCCAGCUGGGUUGGCCAUUUUGUUUGGGUACCAUCUCCUUCUCCUCUACAGACUCUUCAGGUUUCCCCACACCACUGUGAUUGGCUAUGAGAACCACAACAAGCGAGCAUGGGUCGAGCGGAUGAUGCAGACAACUCCGGAGGAGACUGCAAUAGCUCUGCAGGUGAUAUCAAGCAGUAUAUCAGCAUCAACCAACCUGGCCUCGCUCUCUAUCGCUCUGAGCUCUCUCAUCGGAACCUGGAUAGGAAGCAGCUCCAAGGUAUUGAUGUCGGAAGUCAUCUACGGGGACACAAGCCAGACCACGUCUUCCGUGAAGUAUGUUUCCCUGCUCACCUGCUUCUUGGCCGCCUUCACUUGCUUCAUCCACUCGGCACGGUACCUCGUCCAUGCCAGCUUCAUGCUGAGCACACUGGACUCGGACAUACCCAUAAGCUACGUCCAGAAUGCAGUGAUCAGAGGCAGCAAUUUCUGGUCGAUGGGUCUCAGAGCAAUGUACUUUGCCACCGCCUUGCUGCUGUGGAUCUUUGGACCGAUACCGAUGUUUGCAUGUUCAGUAUUCAUGGUGAUGAUACUGCACCUCCUCGAUACUAAUUCCACUCCACUGCAUCACUUCAGAAAUCACCCGAACAAGGGGCUAGAGAAAAGAAUUAAUGCAAGACAUGCAAGUAGCAUUCUUGAGAACCCGAUGUAUCCUCCACUUCCAUAAGUUAGUCUAUCCAAGAACCAGGCAA